AUUUUUUAUCAUCUUAAUUUAAUGAUUUUUAGAACACACAACAAAAUUCUCUGUGUCAUUGUGAUUUAGUAUCGACCUCUAACCUUAAAACUUACAAGUUAUAUUAUUGCAUAAUUAAUAAAUUUUUAUCUACUUAUUCUUUAUAUAAAAAAUUUUAUAAUGUUAUAAAACUGAUGUAAAGAAGUUGAAGCAUAAUUUCAAAAAUAUUAACAAUGUUUAACAUUGUAUCAUUCUUGUCUGAACAUUUAAAUGUACCUGAGGCUGCAACUCGUCUUUUUUUGUCCAUUUUAGUUGGAUUUCCAAUCGCCUUCAUUCAUAGAUAUACUUUAUAUGGAAAAUAUCCAAUUUAUCAACAUAUAUUUUUUAUAACCUGUGGUGUUUCGAUUUGCUUGUGGAAUUUUGGGUUUAAUCUAUUUCAUUCAGGACUAGCAGUGUAUACCACUUAUGGCAUUUUAAAAUAUCUUGGUGGUUCUUCUUUGGCAGUUUUUAUUAUUUUUGUCUUCAACAUUGUUUAUCUUUUUUGUGGAUAUUAUUUAACAAGUACAGGUGGUUAUGAUAUAAAAUGGACAAUGCCACAAUGUGUAUUAACUUUGCGAUUAAUUGGUAUCGCAUUCGAUAUGUUAGAUGGCCAAAAACCCGAAGAAACAUUAUCUUUGCAACAAAAACAAGUGGCCUUAAAAGAUCAUCCAACGUUUUUAGAGAUUGCAGCAUUUUCAUAUUUUCCAGCAUCAUUUAUCGUUGGGCCACAAUUUAGCAUGAAAAGAUAUUUAGAUUUUGUACAAGGACGAUAUACAUCGAUUAAUACGGAUGGUAAUUUUAUAGUACAAGAAAUUGAAAUUCGUGAUUCUAUCAUUCCUGGUAUUUUUCAAAUGUUUCUUGGAAUCAUAUAUAUGAUACUUCAUCAAUUAGGAACUUGGUAUAUACCUCAUGAAUAUAUUUUAAGUAUGGAAUUUCGACAGCAGCCCUUUUUGAAACGUAUUUUUAUUAUUGGUUUAUGGGGUCACGUCAAUCUGUAUAAAUAUGUUUCUUGCUGGUUAUUGGCUGAAGGGGUUUGUACAAUAUUUGGUUUAUCUUAUAAUGGAAGAGAUGAAAAAGGUCGUCCUCUAUGGAAUGGUUGUACAAAUAUUAAUGUGUUAAAAUUUGAAACAGCAACUAAAUUUAAGCAUUAUAUUAUAUCAUUUAAUAUAAGUACUAAUAAUUGGUGUGCGGAAUAUAUUUACAAACGAUUGAAAGUUUUUGGAUCAAUAACCUGUAGUCAAAUUUUGACAUUACUUUUUCUUGCGGUAUGGCAUGGAGUCCAUUCAGGAUAUUAUUUUUGCUUUUUCCUCGAAUUUAUCAUCAUGUAUGCUGAAAGAGAUUUAACCAAAAUAUUGGAGAAGCAAGAGAAAUUACAGAAAUUGUUAGAAAAUCGUCUAGAACUUAGAAUUCUCGUAUGGAUUUUCUUGCGUCUACACACGCUUGCUUUAAUGGGUUAUUGUCUUGUUUGUUUUACAUUUUUAUCAUACUCUGUUUAUCAUCAAGUUUAUUCUUCCUUAUAUCACUAUGGUCUUCUAGUAUAUCUAAUUUAUGCUCUUAUAUCUGUAUCAAUCAAAUUUUUUUUUUUUAAGAAACACUUAAAGCAACUUGAGUAGUAAUUCUGAAUAAAUAUAUUUUUUUUUAUUGAAUGAUAUUGAAAACAACUUAAUACAUGAUAAGAAAAAGAUAAAAAAAUAGUGAAAAAUAAUUCGAUUUCAAAUAUUGGAAUUUCAUAUUGUUAAGAACUAUGCCAGAACUAUUUAUAUAUUUUUGAAAAGAUAAUUAGAAUAAUAAAAUAUACAAUAGAUUUUCUACAAAUGAUAGAAAGUUAUACGUACAAAUGAGAAAAAAUUUAUUAUGUUUAAUUAUUUUAAAAAAGAAAAUGAUUUUUAUUACUUACUGAUUUUUAAAUUUUUUUUUAAGAAUAUCAAGUAAUUUAAAUUUAAUUGACAAAAAUUUAUUAAACAAAAGUUUAAUAAGUUUUAUUAAUCCAAAGCAUAAACAAUUUUGUGAUAUAAAAAAAAUUGAAUUUAAAUAUAUUUUUAAGUAUUUUAAAAAAUUUUACCAAAAAAAAUAUUUGUGAUUUAUACUUAAUUAAUAUUAGUCGAGAAAAAAUUUUUAAUGCUUAUUAUUUAAUGCAUAAUUGAUAUAACUUAAAUUUAAUUUUGAUAUUACAUAUUAAAAUAUACGUAAAAAAUAAUUAUUUUUGAUUAAAAAAAAACAUGCUCAUUUUUUUAAAUAUUAUUUAAGUGAUAAAGAAUAUUUUUAUAAAAUUUUAUUUAAUAAUAUAUAAAGAAUUUUAGAAAUAAAAUAGGAUGAAAAAUAUUAUACUAUCAUUAUAAAAAUUACACAAACGAAUGUUUUUAAGAAUUUAAACAAGUUAUUGAAAUUUAUAAGUUUGUUUUGAUUAAAUUAUAAUCGAAAUUACAUUUAAUUUAAUAUGUGCCACUAUAUACUAUACAUAUCUUUCAAUUCUUAUUAAAUAUAUAUAUUUAUAUAUUUAUAAGUUUAUAUAGUGCCAAAAUAAGUUAAAAAAAUAUACAAAUAAUAUUGAUAUAUAUUAUUAUGCUCGAAAUAAUUGAUUUAUAAUCGUUGAAGUAUCAUUCAAUUACUAUUCAAGAAAUCGAAAAAUGCAUUGCACAUUUAACAAUUUUCAUGUUAUUGUUAUUGUAAAAUAAGUAAUGAAUCAGGUGUACAUUAUAGUGAUAUAUUCAUAACUUGAACUUAAAAUUGCGAACUUAAAAUUAGGAUAAUUUAAUAGAAAAUUUUAAAUCGAUUAAGAAAUUAUAUAAAUUAUAAAAUAUGAUAUACUUAAAGUCAAAUUAUUUAUUUAUUUGAAGACAGUAGUAUCUUUAAAUUUUUUUUUUUUUGCAUAAUACUGAAUACUGGUAUAAAAAUAAAUUUAAUUAUAAAUAUAUUUGAGAAAAAGAUAAAUAUUAGAUUGAGUAAUAAGUUCUUUCAUUUAUGAAGUAUAUUCUGAAGAAUUAAACAUUAUUUCGAGAUAUUUUUUCCAAAAGUUUAUUCAUCUUUCAAUAAUAUAUGUAUUUAAAUUUAAUUAGUUCAAAUGAUUGUUAAUAAAUCUUUAAAUUAGAUAUAGAUAUAUAAUAUAAUCUCAACUAAUACAAUCUCAUCUAAUCUAAUCUCAUCUAUCUCAAUUAAUAAACAAAAAAUAAAAUUUUCGGAUAAAUUAUUUUAUAAUUAUAUAUUCGAUAUUAUUUACAAAAUGAUGUUAUUUACGAUUAAUGAUACGAGGAAUAAAAUGAGAAAUAAAUGAAGAUUGAUGACAUAAUACUUAUAAUGAUUAAAAAAUGGUACUGAAAUAAAAUAAUUAUACAUUAGAUAAGAAUUUUGUUAAAAUAGGGAAAAAAUGAUCUAUUAAGUUAAAAUGAUUAAUUAUAAAAACAAAAAAUUAUCUUUAACACUAAAAAAAAUCAUUUUAAAAAAAAUUAUUAAUUUAUUAACUUAAAAAAUUAUAUAUAAAUAAUUUAUUAACUUAAAAAUAUUUUUUAUAGGAUUGAAAAAUUUUUUUAUUAUGUAUUUUUAUUAGACAAUCAAAUAAUUAUUAUUAAUGAAUACUACUUGUAAUUAAAUUGCCAAAAGACAAUAAUAAAAAACAAGUAUUAUAAAAAAUAAAUUAUUCUUUAUUAAAAUAAUGUUAGCAUUUAGUCAAAAGUUGUCCUUUUCGAAUAUUUAUUUAAAAUUCUACGACAAUUUAUUAAUAUGAAAUUAUUUGAAAAAAAAAAGAUAUGAAGAUACAUAUCUAAAAGUAUUUGAUAAUGAAAAAAAAGUUUUAUGGUUAUAAAAUAAAUAAAUGUAUAAAUCGUAAAAUAUAAUGAAAUCAAAAGUAUAUAUAUAUAUAUAUUUUAUAAUUAAUUAGAUUUUUUAUAAAAAUAAAAAUAUUCAAUAUUGUAAAUGUUAAACAAUUUAGGAAUGGACUUACUACUCAAUUUAAUGUCAAAUCAAAAUAAUAUACUUAAGUAAAUAUGUUUUUAUAUUUAAAGAAAAAUGUAGCAUAAAAUGUUCAAAUGAAUUUUGUUUAAAGUUUAAUUGUUCAAAAAAAAUCUCUAUAAAUGCGUGAAAUAUUUUUAUAGGUUAUUCAAGCCAAAUGAUAAUUUUUAUAAAAAAAUUUCUAAUAUUAAAGUAGAUUUAAAAUUUUUCUAUAAAUAUAUAUAUAAAUCAUUAAUUUUGAAAACUGUCAACUUAUUUACGUAUGUACUUAUAUAGUAAAAAAAUAAUUUUUUGAUAUAUUUGUAUAUGCAGAAUUAUGUAAACAUAUUCUAUUUCAAGUUUUUUUAAAUUUAAAUUAAAUUUUUAUAUGUUUUUUUUUGUUACUUAGUUUUAUAAGAAAUGAUGUAACUAUAAUCUAAUGCGCGUAUAUGUACUGAAACUUUUCAGAUUGUAAUUUUUACGGAGAAUACAUAUAAAAAUAAUAAAAUAAAAAUUUCUACAAAAGUACAAAUAGUUUUAUUAAAAUAUACAUACAUUUGUUAUGAACAUCUUCACUUGCUUCAUUUUAAUUAAAAAUUCCCAAACUCUUUCUACAUCUGAUAAUUCUUUAUGAACAUAUCUCUUAAACAAUAUUGGUAUUUGCAUGAAAAACAAAUUUUAAUCGACUAAUAAUUCAAAUAGCUAAUAUAAAAAAAAUAAUAACAGUAUAAAAAAAGUAGUGUACAUAAAUUUCAUGCAUUGAAUUUAUGUUUAAUGAUAUUUCCGUCGAAAAAUCUUUUUAAUAUGCAUCUCAGAUAUUUGCAAAGAUAAAUAAAUGCAUCGUUUGAAUUUAAUUGAAAAUUCUACAAAAAUUUUAUAAUUGUAUUAUUCUUUUCAGUUUGAUGAUUAAAUUACUGAAAAUUUCAUAGAUGAGAAAUAUUUUUCUCUAAUAGAGUAUUUUUCUAAAUUCGCGUGUUUCGAGUAUUUGUUUCAUACGAGAUUUGUAGACCAUUUAUAAUAAAAUUAUUUAAUAAGGUCCACCAGGACUUGAUGGUGGAGCUCCAUAGUUAUCCGAAGGAGGUGACUGUGCUGGAGGUCCAUAUUCCACAUUUUGAGAUUCUUUCUGCAAUGUAAGGAAAUAAACGAGUUUAUCUCGCUAAGUAACGAGUAUUAAAACGAAUUAUGAAAUUAUAGAGAUGAAUUCGAAAACGAACGUACUUGAAAAGAAAAAAAUAGAAUAAAACACUUUUACGUAUAAAUAAAAAUAGUAAAGUCACGUGAAAUGGUUCACACUAUGAGAUAAUAGCACAAUUUACCUGUGUCUUGUAUCGAAUAAAAUAGACUUCCGGUUUGCUAGGUUGCGUUGGUGCUUGAGUGGGAAGAACCACUUCUGGCGCUUCCUCCGGUUUCUUCACUAGAACGUAGAUCAAAGUCUUUUCUUCGUCUUGAGGUGGCAAUGGUGGUAGAGCCGGUGCAGUUGGCGUUGGUGGAGUUGGCGCCUUUAUAAACACGAUCUUGUAAUGUUUCUGCGGUGGUGCUGCGGGUGGUAUGUAUUUCGGCGGUUUGUAUUCCGGAGCUUCUGGAGGUGGCACGUGGACGUAAACAUGUUUGUGGACGAUGGGUUGUUGCUGAGGCGGUCCAUAGCGAUCUGGAAGCGACGGGGGACCAUAAUUACCGGAUGACAAACUGCCGCCAUUCGAUGGGGGGAAGUAAGAGCUGGGUGGUUCCGGUGCUGGUUUCGAAUAUACCCUCGUUGUACAAGCUAGCAAUAGUAGCGUGGUCUGAAAACAUUUUAAAUAAUUAAUUUUUACGCAUUGUUGAGAAAAAAAUUCAGUAGCAUGGAAAAACCAAGUAUUCUCUUUCCUUGUUUUUUACAAUGUAUGUACGUUUCGCUGUUACAUUAGAUAUACCGUUGGAUAAUUUUCAACAUUUACAUUUUCAAGAGAACACAGGAAAGACAUUAACAUUGUUUCAAACCUGUUUUAAAUAGACAUUGUACUCGCUUUCGAUUUCGUACGCAACAGCGUUGACACUGAUUAUCACUUUUCCUUCUCUUACAUAUUAUUAUUAUUAAUUAUUCAAAUUAAGAAAUCUUACAUGAUUCAAUUCAAAGCACAGGAUGCGUUAAAAUCUGAUACAGAAGCGUGAACGUAACAUCUUCUAUAUUUAUCAAGAGACGAAAGAAAAAUAUAUUCCAAUAAGCGUGUCAAAUUGUAAAUUAACGUCGUAUGUAUACAUAUGUGUGCAUACCGAGUGUGAUUUCGGAAUAUAUUAAUAAAUUUCCUUAAUUAAUUCGAGAAGAAGAAGAAGAAUUAAUUCGACGUUUCAAAUUAAUUUUUUCUCAUCUUUUUGGAAUUAAAAAUUCACACUCUAAUAAAUGAAAAUAAAUUCGAUAUAUGUAAUAUAUCAAGUAAUAUAUCUGCACAAUCAAAUAACAACGAAGUAAUGUAAAUGCUUUAAUUUUAUUUUUAUAAAUUGAUAACAAAUAAUUUUUUCUUUUUAAAAUCGAUGUUAAAUUCUUAAAGGGAUGGGGAGGAAGAGAGAGAGAGAGAGAGAGAGAGAGAGAGAGAGAGAGAGAGAGAGAGA